UAACGACUGAAACGAAGAUAGUGUACCGGAUUACUGUUUUUCAAAUAGAGCGUAUUUCGGUGCAAGCUGUCUGCUAUAGCUAACCCACAAAGAAGCAGCAGAGAAAUGAAUUUCACAAUACGACACGCCAAGUCAUGUGACUGCGAACAUAUAAUGCGAUUAAUCAUGGAGUUGGCAGUAUAUGAGAACAUGUCAGAGCAAGUUAAAAUUACUUCUAAAGAGCUCGAACGGGAUGGCUUUUCAAACCAUAGUUUUUUCAAGUGCUUAGUGGCUGAAGUCCCAGAAGAGCAUCAAACUAAAGAAGGGCACACCAUUGUGGGUUAUUGCCUUUAUUUCUAUACCUACAGCACUUGGGAGGGCCGUGUGAUCUACAUGGAAGACUUGUAUGUCAUGCCUAAAUUCCGAGGUAAUGGGAUUGGAAAAGCAAUGAUGUGCAGAAUUGCUCAGAUUGGCAGACAGAGUGAGUGUGCCCGGCUUCAGUUCAACGUACUCAACUGGAAUAAGCCCAGCAUCGAGUUCUACAAGAGUCAUGGGGCACUGGACCUGACAGAGAAGGAGGGCUGGCAUGCAAUGCGCUUUGAAGUAGCAGCUAUGGAGAAACUGGCACAGAUGACAGGAGCAAGUGAACCCAAGAACAGUUGAUUUAUGUCCGAAACCCUUGGACUGCAAGACACAAUUUUUCAAGAUGCAUAGAAGAAAACAACAUUAAAGAAAUAAAAAAAAAUCACAUUGACCUAAACAAUAAAUUUUAUGUUACCCAAACACACAGAAUCUGUCUUCUUUUGAAA